UAGCACAUGAUUACCCGCGGGAUAGCUCGCGCCGCGACAGACCGCCGUCGCGCUUCCCACUUUUAUUUCUCCACCUGUCAUUUUUUUCUAUAUCCGGCAGCACGAACGUGCAUCUUGAGAAAUUAGUUCCAUGCGACAGCUUAUCCCGCCCGCGACGUAGCCAGUGUGGCCGUUUAAACAUGGAACAAAGUUUUCUUUCGUGGCAACACUGAACCGGUAAAAAAAUAAACAGAUAAAUAGUGAAUGGUCAGCCUUAGAAACGGGACGUCCCUAGUCACGAUAACUUUGUCUCCUUCUAGCUGUAUUGAAAUGAAAGUGAAAGAGAACAAGUUAUGUCGGAAACGUCACUGUCUAAAAAAAGCCGUCAUUGUCGUAAUAUUUGAAUUGAAGUAACCCGGCAAAUAAGAUUGAAAGAAAAAUGGCAUCAAAACGUAAAGUGUAAGUUAAAUAUCAAACGUAAUAAAUCAUUUGUUUGCAUAAAGUUUGACGUUAAUUUUACCUGAAAAACUGAUUGUGUUUUAGAGUUCGAAGUACUAACGUUCAGCUAAAAAUGAUGGUGGACUACAUGGAAGCGAAUCAGAUGUUCGCGUUAGGCGAGUUUACCGGCCCGUUAGGUGCAGAAAAGCACAAUAGGGAAUGGCAGAAGCUAGCCGGGCUGUUGUCCGAGGUCGGGCCUGUAAAAACGGUCGACCAGUGGAAGCACACAUGGCGCGACCUCAAGAAGAAGGCCCGGGGCGAAGCCGGUCGAGCCCGGUGGCGAAAGCCACAACCGGUAACGCAGCUGUGGUCGUAGAACCUUCUGCACUCUCGUGCCAAAUCCUCGGAUUGAUUGGCCGGGAGUGUGCGGUGGGGCUGGCGGCUGAAGGCGAAACUGGUGUGGGGGAGCAAGAUAAUGAGGAGCCCAUGACAGUCCCACAGCUCCCUCAAACAUCGCCGAGAGCCACCGGGUUUGCGACUGAGAGGCAGACGGAGGGAGCCUCUGCGGGCGCCUUGCAGACGACACCGCGCGUUCGCAAUCGUCGUCGCCGGCCGGCAAGGGCUUUGGACGCUGCGACGAAGCCCACAACUCAAUACAUUCAGGGCCAAAAGCAGCAGACGCUGCUUCUGGAGGAAUUGAUUGAAGAACAGAAGAUUAGAAAUAUUCUCAUUCGAAGGAAAGCUAAAAGAAAUAAGCCGACGCCAAUCAGCAAUUUAAUGUUUUAAGUACUAUUAUACCCAUCAAAAACAUAAAUGUGAAAUGAGAGGCAAGUUCAAUAAUGCCUUGGUUGUUCACUUCAACGAAAAAAGAAGUGAUAUCUAAAUGGUUGCCAAGUUCAAUGGUCAGUCAUGAAAUUUAUUUAUACAUACAUACAUACAAUCACGCCUGUAUCCCAUAAAGGGGUAGGCAGAACA